AUGCCUCCACAAGAUUCUGGGACGACGAGUCCUUUCGCUCCGUACAUGAAACACCACUGACUCGGCCAGAUCACUGACAGAAUCAUACUUUAUCUUUUUCGUCCGUAUCAUGGUGCUAUCCUCGUCUCCCUUACCGGCACGAACCGUGCUACUUCGUCAAAGGCCAGGUCCAAUCGCUGUCACUCUGCCGAUGUGACAGAAUCGUACUGUAGUAAUCCUCCAACAUAGCGCAUUCGUACUAUAGCAGUCCAUUUCACUUUAUUCCUGCUUCGUAAUUUUGGGAGCAGCCAAAUCAGAUGUUUCUUCUACACCUGUCUCCCUGAGACUGUGCAGUGGUUUAGCGUUAUUGAUGAAUGACAUCAAGUUCGAGCCCGGCCAUGUCUACUCCGUGGCGCCUGUCUACUCAUGCUGUGCGGGGGAAGUUUAACGUUUCCGGUUGCAGCUGAGCCUGAUUGCAGCACUUAGUUCCGAUGCAGGGGAUGAAUUUUGUGUCAGCACAUUUUGAUGCAAUGUACACGAGACGCAUGGUUCAAGGUACAGUCCAAGACAGUUGCAGGGACAGGAAGCGGGAUGUGACUGGCUAUCACGAACUGAAGGGCGCCCGGAACAUCGUUGCUGACAAUGCUCAAAGUUUUGCCCAGUGUCUUCGCCCCCACCAACCAACCUGUGACCUCAGCUGUUUCAAUUUCUCCUCGACCUCCGGCGAAUGGCGGUGACAACAAGUUGACAAUUUCCGUCUUUUCAACUACGUCCGCUUUGAGCAUGUUCGUAUAAUUCACCAACUACCGGACAAAACAAUUCUUAGCCCGAGGGAGAUUGUGCGUGAAGUCGUCACUUUUGAUACCGAAACUUACCUCAGGUCAAAGUUUCAAUCUCGUAUGUCCACGAGCUUUUCCCCGAGUCCAUGUUCGCCGGGGAGGAAAUCCUCGACGUAGACUUAACCAUGAGAUCCGAUAGAAAACAUACUCACAUUCCUCUG